GCUACAGACUACAGAGAGAAACAGAGAGACAGAGAGAGAGAGAGAUCCGUGAAGGAGACAUGAAUCGUGUUGAGAUUCAGCUCAAAAGGGGAAUUCUUGUCGACAACAAUGGAGAGCCAUGGUGGGUAACUGCCAUCACUGGUAGCCGCACUACCAGACAUCUGGGUCCCAUCAUCAUCACCCCCACCUCCUCCUCUUCUUCAUACUCAUUCAGUCUUCUUCCUCAAACAACGCAUCCAUUUAUUUCUCUAUUCCCCCUGUUUUCCUCUAUCUUCAUUCUCUCUCUCCAUGGAACCACCCCUUGGUUUACUGAGUAGCAGCGGCAUUGGCUCUUCCGGUGCCUCCAACGAUGAGAAUUCCGUUUCCAAGGCGAAGGAGGUGGAUAAGCACCAACCGGAUUUGUCAUCGGAGGAGUUUUCAUCCCCUGUUGAGGCUGAGCCCGAAUUAGGGUUGGGGCUCAGCCUCGGAAGUGGGAUUUCUACCGGAAAGGGUAAGCAUGGUGGAUGGGGCGAGCGUGGCAGGAUAUUGACGGCCAAAGAUUUUCCCUCGGCGAUCUCUCCUGGUGGAUCGUCUUCUUCUUCUUCUUUUGCUAGAUUCUCAGGCAGAGCUGCUGCUGUUUCUGGUGUUAAGAGGGCGGCGGAACCUGUUGCUCACCAUGGCGAUUCUCCGCCUCCGGCUGUCAGUCAGGUGGUGGGGUGGCCGCCAUUAAGAACUUACAGAAUCAACAGCCUGGUUAACCAAGCUAAGAAUCGAAAGUCUGGAGAUGAAAAGGAGCUGCUUAGGUCCAAUGGUGUUGCAGAGAAGAUCCAUGAUGACAAAAAUAUGAGUGCCACUGAUACUGAAAAGGGGCCUCUAGGCUUUGUGAAGGUGUAUAUGGACGGAGUUCUAAUAGGCAGGAAAGUGGAUUUGAAUGCCCAUUCUUGCUAUGGGACUUUGGCCCUGAUGCUCGAGGACAUGUUUUUUAAGCCCACAGGAAGUGCCCCAUCCUCUGGCUCGAGUGGAGAUUAUGACGAAAAAGCACCAAAACCUUCAAAACUUCUCACUGGCUCCUCUGAGUUUGUGCUCACCUACGAAGAUAAAGAAGGAGACUGGCUGUUGGUUGGAGAUGUUCCUUGGAAGAUGUUCCUCGACUCGGUUAAGAAACUUCGGAUCAUGAGGACAUCUGAGGCAAAGGGAAUCGCCCCCCACCCCAAAGAAAGAAAGAAAGAAAGAAAUCAUCUUAUACAAUGCUACCUACGGGCUUAUGAACUCGGCUACGAUUUACGACUCUCUUCGCUUAAAUCGACUAAAGUUGUUUUCUUCGCAAAGGGAAAGCUGGUAUUCGCUGCAUUGGUCGACUGUCUUUUACGAGUGCAUUUCUUAUGUUUGUGAAUCGAGUCCGAAUGUAUCUUUCUAUUUGGAUUAUUGACAUGUUAAAGAAGGUGAAGAUGGUUUCAUCUUUUGCUUGGUGUUUGUCCUCUGUUUCAAACUUCAUUUUGGAGUAAUGCUAAUAUGUUCUCUUAUACUCUUAAAAA